AUGGCUCCCCGCUGGCCGCCGCUGCUGCUGCUGCUGUGUGCCCUGGCACUGCUGGCUGGGCAGCCUGGCACUGCCAGCCCUGCUCAGCCAACCUACCCCGGGGACGAUGCUCCGGUGGAGGAGCUGCUGCGCUUCUACAACGACCUCCAGCAGUACCUCAACGUCGUCACUCGGCACCGGUACGGCAAGCGGUCGGGCAGCAGAGUGCUGUGCGAGGAGCCCUUUGGCCCCGAGGGGUGCUGA